AUGGCAACAAACCCAUUUGCUACUGUGAUUGAUCGGGAACAAGAGACAGAUUUUUUAUUACGUGAAAAUAAAUGUCUGAUAUGGGGGAAGAACAACAAGAGGUUGCAAAGAGUAAACGAAGGUCGUCAUCCUGAAACUGCCAAUGAGUUGUUCAAUCUUCGCCAUGCUUCAUUAAGAAAUGUAGUUGAACGAAUAUUUGGUAUAUUUAAAUCUCGUUUCACUAUCUUUAAAUCGGCACCUCCAUUUCCAUAUGAGACACAAGCACAUAUUGUAUUAGCUUGUGUUGGGAUGCAUAAUUUUCUUCGAAAAGAAUGUCGAUCAGAUGAAUUUCCACCUGAAGAGGAUGAUGAUUCUUCGUCUUCGGAUGAUGAUGAUGAUGAAGAUUUGGAUCCAACUAUUCAAAGUCAACAACGUCAGCGUGCAGAUGCAAAUAAAUGA